AUGACGAGAACCCAGUUUAGCGUGAAGAAGAAGCUCUCCAGUUACGAUGAAGGUUUCCCAAACGAAAAGACGCAUCUUAUUAACAACGGCGCCAAUUUAUCGAGUAUCCAAUCUGACGUGCGUCGACUGAUUCUAACAGACAGUAAUAAAAGCGGAUUCACUCAAAACUCGUCGAAGCUUAAAAACAAAUAUUGCAAAUCACAAUGGAUACCCCAUCUGAUAUUGACCAUCAUUUUAGGAUGCAUCUUCGUGAUCGCAGUCGUGUUAAUAAGAACAGCUCUAUGGCACUCGCAUCCCAGAGUAACAACACCUUUGGGAAUAAUCGAGGGUCAGUACAAAAUAUCGAGCAAAGGACGUCGGUUCGAAGCCUAUGAAGGAAUACCCUAUGGCCAACCGCCAAUCAAGGAGCAGAGAUUCAGGGUUCCGCGGCCCAUCACGUCAUGGAAAGGUGUCCUAAUGGCAAAAAAUUUUGGCCCACCGUGUUACCGUUACGGUCCAAUUCCUGCAGUACGAGGACCGAAGGACGCGGCCAAGGAUUCGGAGGAUUGCCUUUACCUCAAUGUCUACUCAGCAAUAACCGAUCACCGGAGGCUAACCGGACGGCGAACGGAUCUGCUGGCGGUUAUAGUUUUUAUUCACGGCGGGGCCUUCCGAUCCGGAAGUGGAAUGCAGUACGGCCCGGAUUACUUGCUCAACGAGGACACUAUCCUGGUCACAAUAAACUACAGGCUUGGACCGCUCGGUUUCCUUAGUACAGAGGAUCACGUUGUGCCCGGAAACAUGGGGCUCAAGGACCAAGUGGUAGCGCUGCGAUGGGUCCAUGAUAACAUUAAAUCCUUCGGAGGGGAUCCAAAGAAGGUUACGAUCAUUGGACACAGUGCAGGCGGUGUCAGCGUGCAUUACCAUUACUUGACCAACAUCACGAAAGGCUUGUUUCACAGCGGAAUUUCACUCAGUGGUACCGCACUGAACUGUUGGGCUCAGACCGAGAACUCUCUAAACAAGACUAAGCAGCUUGCAACAAAGCUUGGAUGCCCCAAUUCCACUGUUGAGAACAUGAUCGAUUGUUUGAGAGGUAAAUCCGCCCACGAUAUCACCUACGGUGCUGCAGAUUUUACCCCAUGGUUGGACAAUCCGUUCACCCCAUUUGGACCUGUGGUGGAGAAGGGAGGUGGCGAAUUUACUUUCAUCGAUAAACCGCCAAUCGAAGUAAUUAACACAGGCCAGGCUCAAGACAUCCCAUGGAUAACAGGAGUAGUUAGCGAGGAGGGUUUAUUCCCGGGUGCCGAAUUUGUAGCAAACAAAACACGCCUUGAAGAUUUGAACGAAAAUUGGCUCGAAUACGCACCCCAUUUGCUUGAUUAUAACUUUACGAUACCAUUGAGGGAUCAAAAUGAGAUAAGUACAUUAAUAAGGCAAAGUUACCUGGGUGACAAAGCAAUCGACAGUGAUAGUGUGAAUCACACGGUGCGUAUGAUGAGUGAUCGAUUGUUCAAUUACCACGCAGCGGAAGCUGCAAGGCUGCAAGCACGAGCUGGUAACACCGUAUCGUUUUAUUAUUUCUCAUACCGAGGUACCUACAGCUUCAGCGAGUGGUUCUCCAAGAAUACCCAAAAUUUUGGGGUCAGUCACGGUGACGAUAUUGCCUACGUUUUAAAGUCGUUUUUCGAUGCAACAACAACGGAACAGGACCGAGAAAUGCAAAAGGUGCUUAUUGAACUUUGGGUGUCAUUUGCGAGGAAAAGCGUACCUCAAGUGGGAGUACACUGGCCGACAGUAAACUCGAAAACGGAUGAUUUUGAUUAUCUGCACAUCGCAGGACCGGAAAGUCUCAGCAUAGAAAGAACCAGGAACUUUGGAAGGGAAAGUUUUUGGCUGAGUAUCGGUUUUAAUGAGAACAUUUUGCCAACAAAAACGACUGCGAAUUAUUCUGAAAAAAUUGUUUCAAAAUCAACUCUCAGAGCAUGGAAGAAACCAAAGAUGAAUAGCCGGCGAUCUCGACGACGUACAAUUAGCAAAAGAAAAUAACUGAUUAA